CAAAAAAACAAAGCUUGCGGGGAGAACCAAACAAACACAAUACACAGAUCAAUCAAAAUCAAUCACAGCCGAACUUGGAAUCAUCAUCGGAGCUUCUUGAAUUCGUAGAUAUACAUCUUGUGGUUCUGAGAUAUAAGAAAGAGACGAGGCGAAGGAGAUAUGGAUUGGGACAACGUAGCUGCUGAGGAUGUGAUUGAGGCGCUUAGAGAAGUUGAAUGGUCGACUCCUCCUCGUUCGUUUGGCGAGUUCUUCUCUAGAUUCGCCUUCCCUCGCUCUUUCUCUAAGUGGAAGAGCCGUCUCAAAUGCAAUCUCUACUACUAUAGAACCAAUUACUUUAUCCUUGUGAUUUUCCUUCUGGGUCUUGCGCUUAUCACAAGACCUCUGGCUAUUGUUGGUGCUGCUCUCACAGCCUUGAGCAUAGCUUUUCUUAAUGACAGUUUUGCAGCUAGUUUUAAUGAGAAGUUUAUCAGGACUAUUAGGCAUUUCUCCCCACACUUGGCUGCAAAAAUGAGGCCUCCCCACAUGCCUGUCAUCCGUGGAAGAUCAGCAGCAAGAAAGACAGUAUACGUUUGUGGCAAACCAAGAUGGGUACUCGUUGUUGUUCUCCUUACAGCCAGUCUUGUCAUGUGGUUUUCUUCCUGCGGUUUGUUGUGGGUCCUCUAUGCAUUUCUCACUUCCCUCGUUGUGAUUGUUCUUCACGCGAGUGUGAGAACUCCAAACCUCAAAGCACGCUUGAACACAUUCCGCGAAGAAUUUCGAGCUGUCUGGCGUAACUACAGUGAACUUUGAGUCACAGGACUGCUACAAUCUAGGAGCAAACGGAGGCUGUUAAUCUGAAGUGAACAUCCCUUCGUUAUGUCAGAUGAUAGCAACGGCUCUCAGUUUCAUGGUUAAGAUGGGUUAAUGACUGUUCUGUUGCAGACAAAUAGAUUCACUUGAAAUACUGACAUACUUAACCAAGUUACUUCUUCUAAUUGUUGUAGUGAUGUUUAUACUUUUCAAACUAUUUCAUUGAUUUGACUUCACAAAUACGGAUAUUUUUGAUA